AGGCGGGGCUACGUGACAGAGUUCAUAUACGGCGGUGAUGACUCGUCGCUGCUGCUCGUCUGACUGUCAGUGAAACAGGAGCAUUUAGAGAAAACGUUAGUCCAGUACAAGAGACACAAUGGUUAUCGUAAUUGAGGAUAAGAAUGCCUUCGACAAUGCUCUGAAAAAUGCUGGGAGCAAGUUAGUGGUGGUGGACUUCACAGCCACAUGGUGCGGGCCCUGCCAGAACAUCGCUCCAUUCUAUAAAGCGCUGUCUGAAAAAGAAGAGAACAAAAAUGUCGUGUUUCUAAAGGUGGAUGUGGAUGAUGCACAGGAUGUGGCAUCUUUCUGUGACAUCAAAUGUAUGCCAACAUUCCAUUUCUACAAGGAUGGAAAGAAGAUUGAUGAAUUUUCUGGAUCAAAUCAGUCUAAGCUGGAGGAGAAGCUCAAUCUGCAUAAAACUGAAGAAAAGCACACAAACCAACCACUGUAAUAACUAAUUAGUUAUUAAGAAGUUAGAGUCAAAUACAGAAACAUUGUUCUCAACCUCUAACUCUAACUCACUCUAAUUUUAUCUGCUACAUUUAUAUCCCAUUUUAUUUUAGCCUACAUGCAGAAACAAAACAUUUUGUUACUUUUUUUGGGCCUAUAUAAUGGCUCUCUAAUGUAUUUUAUGUUUGUAUGAAAUAAAACCUUUAAAG